AUGGGUGAAAUAAUGCCUAUCGUUAUAAUUGAAUCUCGUGAACAGGUAGAUAAUGAAAUACCUGAAUUAAAUCUCAAAUAUGAAAAUUCCAAUGUUCAUGGUAUUCAAACAUUAAAAUGUCUUGAUGCUAUGCGAAAAGAACGACAAUUAUGUGAUGUGAUAUUAACUGUUCAAGGCCAUGAAUUAUUUGCACAUCGAGCUUUAUUAUCAUGUCAUUCCAAUUAUUUUUUUGAGCUUUUUCGUAAUGAUGAAAAUGAUACAUCGACAAAAAAACAGAUCUAUUAUCAAAUGAAUAAUCUUGAACAUACAGCAUUGAAAUUAAUUAUUCAAUUUAUAUAUCGAGGAAGCUUUAUUUUAACAGCAGAAUUGGUACCAAAAAUAUAUUUGGCAUCGUAUCAAUUACGUAUUGAAACAAUUUUUAAAGCUUGCUCGAACUAUCUUAGUGAACAACUCACAGAACACAAUUGUUUGAGCAUACGCUUAUUAGCUAUGGACGAUGAACUUCGUGAAAAAGCAACUGAAUGUAUUCAAACAAACUUUACUGCUGUUCUUGAAACUCGAGAAUUUCAUACAUUGGCAACAAUUAAAUUAGAAUUAGUUGAUUCAACUGCCCUUAAACCUAAAAUAACAUGCGAUUUAGUUAUCAAUUGGAUUGUUGAACAACUUGAUAAAAAUGAUAGUAAUCUUCAAGAACUCUGUGAAUAUAUGCAUUUACUUUAUCUUAGUGGUAAAACUCUCCAUGAUUGUGCUGAUAUGGAUGAUAAAAAUAUACAUUUUUCUGAUAUAAUCAAGGAUUAUCAAAGUUAUAAAUUAACCAAACGAACUUUAUCAACAGCAUCAUCAUCAAAUAGUCAAACCGAGAAUUCUAUUUUUGAAAUAAUGAAUUCACAAUUAAACAAUCUUAAUUUAUUAUCAAAUUCUCAUAUAUCCGAUGCAAAACUUAUUCAUAUGUCUCAAUCAAGUGAACAUAGCUAUAUUGCAAUUGCCAUAAUAAAAGGCAAAAUGCUAAGUAUUUCUAUCCAUAUGUCAGUAGGAUCAUCAAGUCCAAAUACACCUGAAAAAAAUAAUAUUAGUCCUUUGGAAAAAAUUACUGCUGAUGAUAAUCAAGCGAAUGUAAUGAGUCCAAUAUUAACAUAUGAUAGAGAUAUUACAUUAGGAUUACUUUCAACAGCACGUUGUUGUUUUGGAAUUGCAUCCAUAGAUGAUAAUAUCUAUGUCGUUGGUGGUUAUAACCGUGGUGAUUGUCUUGAUUCAAUUGAACGGUUUGAUCCCAAUGAAAAUAAAUGGGAAUUAUUAUCAUGUUCAAUGAAUAGUCGACGAGGUCGAGUCUCAGCUACAAUUGUGAAUAAGAAAAUUUAUGUAUAUGGUGGUAGUGAUGGUCAAAAAGAAUUGAAUAGUGGUGAAUGUUUUGAUUUAAAGACUAUGGAUAAAUGGUCAAUGAUAAAAGAACUUUCAACACCAGUUGCACAUAGUGCAAUGUGUAGUGAUGAUAAUUAUGUAUAUUUAAUUGGUGGAAUGGAAGGUGAUAAAUGUAAAAAUGAUUGUUAUCGAUAUAAUCCAAAAGAUAAUACUUGGUCAGCUUUAGCUUCGAUGAAUACAGAACGAAGUCAAGCUGGUAUAGUUUAUUUUAAUGAUAAAAUUUAUGUCUUCGGUGGUUCAACAUUAAAUCGAUGUUUAUCAUCAUGUGAAAUAUUAACAUUAUCAACAAAUCAAUGGACAGUUGGAGCAACAAUGAAAGAAGCUCGUCGAGGUUGUGGCGCAGUUUUAUAUCAUGAUAAAAUAUUUAUUAUUGGUGGUUCAAAUGGUAUUACAUCGUUAACAUCGGUUGAAAUAUUUGAUCCAAUAACAAAUGAAUGGUUAACGAAUCUCAAUAGUGUCCCAAAUGUAUUAAAUAUGCCACGUGUUGGUCUUGGUGUUACUGUUUGUUGUGAUAAAAUAUAUGUUACUGGAGGUUUUGAUGGUCGAACAUUCCUUAAAUCAACUGAAAUUUAUGAUGAGAAUACUCAACAAUGGCAUUUAACUUAUAAUAAUAUCAACAAAUCAGAUACGAAGAUUUGA